AUGUCGGACAGCCGGGCCCAGACUGGUGUCCGGAGUCUCCUGGCCCGAUUUGAGAACAAUAAUAACAGUUCAUCAACUUCACCCCCUUCGAGGGGCCGCUCCCCAAUCGAUCAGGAUGGCCCCGGCUCUGUCCGCCCUCUCUCUAAGGUUAGAGCAAGCUUCGUGGCCGUCGAACGCGCUGGCCAAUCUGGCAGUCCUCCCAUGUGGGGAUUGAGGAAGGCGGCGGAUCUGGACAGCAACAAUACAAAUAAUAACAAUAGCAGCGCCAAUAAUUCCCCUGGGAAGCUUAUCAGAACCAUCUCUAGUGGCGUUGAUGAUGUGGGUAGCCCCAUUGAGAGGUCCGUGACGACAUCUUCGAGCAACAGUGCAGAUAAAGGUGCUGUGAUGAGCGGGUCGUUGUCAUCCUCGUCCCCUGAUAACAGGAAUAAAAGUAAUACAAAUGCCAACAACAACAACAAUAAUGGCGGGCUCCUGGGUAGCGGGAACCUCAAUAAGCCUUGGGCUGCAAAGCUACCGUCUCGACUCAUGGAUUCCCCUACACCUGGCAAACAAUCGGCCUCAGAAGACAUUUUAAUGGUUGCAGCUACGACGGAAGGGAAAGAUUCGGGCAAAGUCAAAUCCAAGGGCGGCCCACAAGAAAAUAUGCAGCAGGAAAAAGAGGGAGCACCAAUUACCGCUGCUCGUAUGAACGGAAAAUCUGCUGAUAAAGCUGCAACCAAGAAAUCGAAGCCAUCUAUGAACCAGUCGUCACGUCCGGCAAAAAUUGUUGUCGGGAAUGAUGCUAAUAAUGCCACGUCUAAGAAGUCUUCGACAAAGGAGCUGAAAUCACCGCUCCCUCGGACUCCUAGAACACCAACUACAAUGACUAAUCUCAUCGCUAAAACUACACCAAAGGAGACAGACAGACCUAGAGCUGCAGUUACGAAACAACCCAUUCAGCCUGCAGCGGACAAAGCCACAACAAAGCCCUUGUCGUCAGCAUCCACCCGGGACAAAAUCGCAAAGCCAUCUUCCGAGAACCCUCCUGCAACUAACAGAUCCCGCACAAGAUCUCCAACAAAACCUAUCCGUCUUCCAAAUUCAAUGGUAGCACCAACAGCGUCUUCUGCUGCGAAAUCAAACGUUGAUGGCCGCCCGGCUAGUCAAGCGGGAACACGUAUAUCAAACCUAACUCGCAAACCCUCUAGUUUGAGAAGUGAUCGAAAUAACUCAUCAAAAUCCACUGGUCCAAUAGGUUCUGCUACACAAAAGCCGGCCAAACGAGCAUCUUCCCUUGCUCCCCAGAAAAAUACAGCUCACGACAGACCAAGGUCUCGCGUCAGCAAUGUUGGAGCUGUUCGGGCCCCUGAUGAGUCCUUUUUGGCGAGAAUGAUGCGCCCUACUGCAAGUUCUGCAAGCAAGAUGCAUGAGAAGAUUGAAAUCAAAAGCCCACCCAGAGGCUCUGGUCCACCAAAGGUUCGGAGGAAAAGUGGAGAAAGUGCAAGUAGUCAUGUCAGUGCAAAUGCACCAGCGAAAACUCCGCCCUCGUCGAAAAAGAAGAUCCUUGCCAACCCUGCGCGAGCACUGUCGUCAAAUGGGGAUGUGGAACCUCUUAAGGAGCCGGAACCGGAUGGCACCCAGACUGAUACUAGUGCCACUGUGGCUGAGGUUGAAACUAAUAUCCAGAAUCCCGAACCUCAACCAACUCGGGAACUUGAACCUGACCCUGAUGCUGAGCUUGGGCCAUCCGUUGCUGGACAAGAACCCGUCGCAGUCGAGCCAAUUCCUCAACCUGAAGCCGAGCGAGUGGCCGAACCUGAGCCAGCCAUCCCUGAGCCCGAGCCCCGGCCAGUUGCAGCCGAACCAAUUUUCCCCGAAACGGCUGCAACUGAACCCACCCCAGGUCCUUUGCCCGAUAAAGCAGACGUGUCCAUCAUCGAAGUGGAUCCUGCAGGAAUCCCAUUACCUGAACCUACUGAGCACGUCGAGCUAUGA